CCUAGAAAGCAAUGAGAACAUUUCUUACAGAAUCCUUUCCUCUUCUAAGGAAUUUGCAAUCGAUCCAAUGAAUGGCACAAUAUUUACUAUCAAUCCUGUAUUACUGCUGGACAAAAAAUCAACAGUUCAGUUUCUUGUUGAAGCCAGUGAUGGUGGAAUUCCUGACCUGAGGGCUCUCACCUUAGUAGAGAUAGAAAUACAAGAUAUGAACAAUUAUGCUCCUGAGUUUGCGGUAGAAUAUUAUAAUCUCAGCUUGAGGGAAGAUGCUCAAAUUGGAGGCACGCUUGUCACAUUUUCAACCAUUGACCAUGACUGGACCCGUGAAAACACACAUGUUGAUUAUUCCAUCAUCAGUGGUAAUUCACAGAACAAUUUCCAUGUGGAAACUAGUUUCAUUCAUUCAGAAUAUCCUUAUAAGCAAGUUGGUUACCUGGUGUUGCUUCACAGUCUGGAUAGAGAGGCAGCUAACGGUCAUAAGCUUGUCAUUCUGGCAUCUGACCACGGCUUCCCUCCAUUGAGCUCCACAGCCACUGUAGCAAUAGAAGUACUGGAUGUCAAUGAUAAUCCUCCUAAAUUCAACAGUCUGAAAUAUCACGCCCACGUCAAGGAAAGUACCCCUCUGGGGAGUCACAUCACUGUGGUCUCUGCACAUGACCGUGAUGUGGGUUCACAUGCAGAAAUCAUCUACCACAUCAUCUCUGGAAAUGAAGAGGGGCAUUUUCACUUGGAAGAAAAAACUGGAGUUCUUUAUUUGAUUAAACUUCUGGAUUAUGAAGAAACGACAAAAUUCACUUUAACCGUUCAAGCUUCAGAUGAAGAAAAGAAGCAUUUUUCGUUUGCAGUUGUGCUUAUCAGUGUCCUGGAUGAUAAUGACCAUGCACCUCAGUUUAUGUUCUCGAGCUUAAAUUGUGUUGUUCCUGAAAAUGUGCCUGUUUUCUCCACCAUAUGUUCCGUAAAUGCUCUGGAUUUUGACGCAGGUCCUUAUGGAGAACUGACCUAUUCUGUGUUGUCGCCCUGUUCGGUCACUCACGGGAUGCCUCGUGAUCAUGACCCCUUCCUCAUUGACCCUUUAACAGGGGAUAUUCACACUCAGCAAGUCCUUGACUAUGAAAAUGACAAUAAAUACUGCCUCACAGUGCAGGCAAAAGACAAAGGUGACUCAACAGCCACUUUAACGGUUUGGCUGGAUAUUGAAGGGAUAGAUGAGUUUGAACCCAUGUUUACUCAAGAGGAGUAUUUUUUCAACCUUCCAGAGAAGAAUAAAGUGAGACAGCUGAUCGGCAGAGUGGAAGCGUCAGAUGCAGAUGCGGGUAUUGAUGGAGUUGUUCUGUACUCUUUGGACGUUCCAUCUCCUUUCUUUUUAGUGAAUAAAACGAACGGAAACAUCUAUUUGACUAGAGCACCUCCCCUAAUAAGAAGUCAGUUCCGUGAACAAGACACCAUUGAAAUGAAAAUCAUCGCUCGUAGCCCCAAACUGGACUCCAAGUUUACAUUCUGCACUGUUUUUGUGAACGUGUCUUCUUUCUCAGAAGGACAAUACUCAGGAGUAUCUGGCAGCGGCUUUUCAAUCAGCCUCACGGUCUCCUUUUUAGUGUUUCUGACACUCAUCUUCAUUCUAAUUGUACUGAUUUUAAGACAUAAACAAAAAGACGCAGCCAACAAUUACGAAGACAAGAAAACAUCGUCCACCUUAGAUAUCAGUUUGAGACUGACCACAGAGGGCAGCAUGCUCGAGCCCUUCCAGAAGACUAAUGAGGACAAUAACGCGGUGGUGCCCGCGGACUCCCUGCCUGAGUGGUUGAGCUUAAUAAGUCUCAUGGAGAAGGACAUUGUGAAUUUGUACAGGCACUCAAACUCCAGUGGCCACUGCUCUGUGGAAGGAGAAACUGCAGAAGAUAAGGAAAUCCAGAGGAUAAACGAGCAUCCUUACAGAAAGGACGCUGGCUCAGCUCUGAGUGACCGGGAGUCCAGGGUCCCAGACUCUGGAAUCCCAAGGGACUCGGACCAGCUCUCCUGCUUGUCUGGAGAAACCGAUGUGGUGGUCACUGCUGAAACAGCAGAAACCAGCCAUGCAUUUGGGGAAGAAGAUCGAGAAGGCUGUGGCACAACCUAUGUUCAAAAUAAUGUGUUACCCCAGACACUAACGAAGAGAGAGGUAAAAGAGAGCAUCCAGGCUGAUGUCAGGAGAGAGUCUGUCUUUAUUUCAGGGGAUCAGGAAGCAAGGUGCGUGGCUCUUUCCCCCCAGAGAACCUCUAAUCACGAUGUGAGAGGCAACUACCACUGGGAUUAUCUCCUCAGUUGGGAACCCAAGUUCCAACCUCUCGCCUCGGUAUUUAACGAUAUUGCAAAACUAAAGGACCAACAUUUACAGACGUCUGGCAUUCCUAAAGAGAAGUCUUUGGUUUUCCCACCACCUUUGAUUACCGCAGUAGCCCAGCCCGGGCUUAAAGCAGUUCCACCAAGAAUGCCAGCCAGAACCCCGGGGCAAGUACUCCACAAAUACCCACACUCCCCCCUUCCCUACCAUCUCAGUUCUCUGCAUGAAGCCAUGACUCCCAGCUUUUCUCCAUCUCUUUUCCUGCUGACUGCAAAGACCCCUGCUGUGACCCCACGGUCGUCACGUGGGGAAUCAUCGGGAACACAUCUGAGUGGUACAUGCCGUGAACUUAAAGCAGAAGAUGAAGUUCAAAUAUAACCUGAUUGUGAUGUCACCAUCGGUCAUGAUCGGUUGAACAAGACAUUCUUAAGCUAGCUCUUCAAGAUUGGUUAAAAUGCAGUCAGGGUUUGCAGAAUCUCCUCAUUUAAGUUUCUCAAAUUUCUUCCAGCCUUAAUGAGAAGUUACCCCCCUCUUUUAACCUUUCUGUUUUGCUCUCAGGACUCAAGUUUGUAUAUAAAAGUAGUGUAUAUUCUGUCGUACCUGGUUUUCUGUAUGAUUAAAUCUCCAAAGAACACCA